AGUGCAGAGUAGUUUUUAGUUUUUGUGAGUAGCAGAGCUUCCUAAGCUUAUCCCUUCUUUCCUUCUCUUCACUUCACUUGACAUGGAGAGUGAAUAUAUUAGGAUGCAUCAUAAUAGGCAUCAGCCUCUGCCUCAGCAGUGCAGUUCUGCUCUGGUCAAGCACAUCAAGGCCCCUGCUCCUCUGGUCUGGUCUCUUGUUCGAAGAUUCGACCAGCCGCAGAAGUAUAAACCUUUUGUUAGCAGGUGUACCGUACACCCUCAAGGUCAAGGCGACCUUGCUGUUGGUUCCCUCAGACAAGUCAACGUUAAAUCCGGCCUCCCUGCCACCACCAGCACCGAGCGCUUGGAACAACUCGACGAUCACCAACGUAUUCUUGGUGUCACCAUCGUUGGUGGUGACCAUAGACUCAACAACUACUCCUCCCUGAUUACUGUCCAUCCGGAGGUCAUCGAGGGAAGACCGGGAACGAUGGUGAUAGAAUCCUUCGUCGUCGAUGUGCCGGAUGGGAACACCGUUGAUGAGACUUGUUACUUUGUGGAGGCUCUCAUCAGGUGCAACCUAAGCUCCUUAGCUACGGUUUCUGAGAGGAUGGCUAUGCAAGAUUACGAUCAUCUCAUCAACCAAUAAGGCUAUUUUGGUACCCGGCUUUGUACAGUUCAUGAUCAUCCCAAUUCAUGAGUUGGACGAGAUUUUCUGAUCGGAGUAGCUACUAGCUAGUUGGUUUUCUCUGCUAUGUUCUUGCUGCUUUUAGUGAAUGGUGGUGUGGUGUGUGUUACUUUGUAAAUAUUUUUGUUGGGAGUGAAAAACACACUCUGCAGUCUUCAAUGUUUCGUAUCUGUGGCUAGAGGAUAGCGGGAGAUAGUGUAUUCAACCUUGCUGGUUGCUGCUUUUGUAUGAGUAUUGUAGUUUAUGUAACAUAUCUGGUUAUCUAUUAUACAUUUUCCUUGCUUUGGGUUUUAUGUUUAGAACACCAAAGUUUGAUUCUGC